CCACAUUGGAUUUUGGACACGUUCGCGUUGGGGCAAUAAUUUUGAUGCCAGAUCUUGGGCAGCUCGACCCCAUAUUGCGACGUAGCCCCUUCACGCCUCUCAUUCUCUCCUUUAAACAUCAAUCGCGACAUCCCAACGUCCUGGGCCAUUUGUCGCUCCUCAUUGACCUUUUCUCUCCCUCUUUUCUUUCCCUUUUAUUGUGCCAUAGCACACACCCAUCAUGAGUAGCUUACGAUUCCUUGACCUGGUCAAGCCCUUCGUGGCGUUCUUGCCCGAGGUUCAGCAGCCAGAGACCAAGGUGCCCUUCAACCAAAAGUUGAUGUGGACGUCUCUCACGCUGCUGAUCUUCUUGGUCAUGAGCCAGAUGCCCCUGUACGGCAUUGUAUCCUCCGACACAUCGGAUCCUUUAUACUGGUUGCGUAUGAUGAUGGCGAGUAAUCGAGGAACGCUGAUGGAGCUUGGUAUCACGCCCAUCAUUACCUCUGGCAUGGUCUUCCAGCUCUUGGCUGGCACCCACAUGAUCGACGUCAACCUCGACCUCAAGGCCGACCGCGAACUCUACCAGACAGCCCAGAAGCUGUUCGCCUUCAUCCUGUCGGCCGGUACCGCCACCGUCUACGUCUUCUCUGGCCUCUACGGCCCCCCGUCUGAGCUCGGUGCCGGCAUCGUCUUCUUGCUCAUCCUCCAACUCGUCGUUGCAGGCAUGAUUGUCAUUCUCCUCGACGAGCUUCUGCAGAAGGGAUACGGUCUUGGCAGCGGUAUUUCCCUCUUCAUUGCCACCAACAUCUGCGAGUCCAUCAUGUGGAAGGCUUUCUCCCCGACCUCGAUCAACACUGGCCGUGGCCCUGAGUUCGAGGGUGCUGUCAUUGCGCUCUUCCACCUCUUGAUGACCUGGCCCAACAAGCAGCGUGCUCUGCAGGAGGCUUUCUACCGCCAGAACCUCCCCAACAUCAUGAACCUGUUAGCUACUCUGGCUGUCUUCGCCGCCGUCAUCUACCUGCAGGGUUUCCGCGUGGAGAUCCCCGUCAAGUCUUCGCGCCAACGUGGUGCCCGCGGCUCUUAUCCCGUCCGUCUCUUCUACACGUCCAACAUGCCCAUCAUGCUGCAGUCCGCCCUGUCAUCCAACAUCUUCCUCAUCAGCCAAAUGCUGUACUCGCGCUUCUCCGAGAACCUUCUCGUUCAGCUCUUCGGUGUCUGGGAAGCCAAGGAAGGAUCCGCCCAACUCUCAGCUGUUUCCGGUCUCGCCUACUACAUGUCUCCUCCCUUGAACUUCAAGGAUGCCCUUCUCGAUCCUAUCCACACGGCGGUCUACAUCGCCUACAUGCUCACGGCAUGCGCCAUCUUCUCCAAGACUUGGAUCGAGGUUUCCGGCUCUAGCCCCCGCGAUGUCGCCAAGCAAUUGAAGGAUCAGGGUCUCGUUAUGGCCGGUCACCGUGACCAGAGCAUGUACAAGGAGCUCAAGCGCAUCAUCCCAACUGCUGCCGCUUUUGGUGGUGCUUGUAUUGGUGCUUUGUCGGUCGCCAGUGACCUUAUGGGAGCUCUCGGCUCCGGCACCGGUACUCUUCUUGCCGUGACCAUCAUUUACGGUUAUUUUGAAAUUGCGGCAAAGGAGGGCGAUCUCGCAGGUAUGAAGGGAAUGAUUAUGGGCUAAUGACCUUGAAUCGAUAUCCUAUAUGGCCCCAGUUUGGGUUGUGGUUCACCAAGCUGGCAGGGGAGUGCCGUUGUAACAUUUGAAGGAGAAUAAAAGUUUCAUGGACAGGGUUUG